UCCAUCUUCGUUGAGGCGGAGGUGUGUGUGAAAUGGGAUGUUUCAUAAGAGGCAUUCCUGAGCCCCAUCUGUUAGAAAGGCUCAGUCAGCUCCUGGCGAACGGGUGUGAGCUUCAGCGACGUCUGACAGGGACUGAAAGUUCGUGUGUGGUGCCACAGGGACCGCUCCGUACGUCCAAGGAGAUGGGAGACAAGGUGGAGACCCCCGUGGACGGCACCCUGGAAGAGGAGGAGCAGCACAGUAAUGGAGCAGCGCAGGUGGAACGGCGUGGCCAGUGGGCGGCGCCGGAUGGCGGCUGGGGCUGGGUGGUCCUGGGGGCCACCGUCCUGGUUUUGGCCCUGACACUGGCCUUCCCUUCCUGCCUGGGCAUCUUCUAUACCGACCUGCAGAUGGCGUUCCAUGCCAGCAACAGCGAGACGUCAUGGGUUCCCUCCAUCAUGACGGCCGUGUUGCAUGCGGGAGGCCCAUUCUGCAGCGUGUUGGUGGAGCACUUUGGCUGCCGUGCCACGGUAAUGCUGGGCGGGGUCCUCAGUGGCGUGGGCAUGGUCGCCAGCUCCUUCACCAACACCAUCGGCGAGCUCUACUUCACUGCGGGCUUCAUCACAGGCCUGGGCUUCUGCUUCAGCUUCCAGCCGGCCAUCACCAUCCUCCGCUACUACUUUGUGCGGCGCCGCGUCUUCGCCAACGCCGUCUCGUCCACGGGCACGGCCAUCGGCCUGUCCAUCCUGCCCUUCCUCUCCCACUUCCUACGUAACCAGCUGGGCUGGAGGGGCAGCUUCCUGGUGCUGGGGGGGCUCCUGCUCAACUGCUGUGUGUGCGGAGCCAUCAUGCGGCCUGUCAAGGGCCCCCCCCAGCCCGCCCCCAAGGUCCUCAGGACUCACGGCAAGGACCCCCUGCCGCCGAAGGGCAGGAUGGGGCGGGCGAGGGCAGCGAUGCUCGGCAUGUUAAGCGCCGUGCGGCGGCACAUGGCCUUUGACGUGUUCUGUAACAACCGGCGCUAUCGUUACUACUCCAUCGGGAUCACGUGGGCCAUGCUGGGCUUCGUGGUGCCCCUUGUGUACCUAGUGCCCUACGCUACCACCCAUGGCAUGGAGAAGGGCACCGUCGCCCUGCUGCUCACCAUAAUGGGCCUCAUCAACAUCGUAGCGCGGCCGCUGGCCGGCCUCCUUUUCCAGCGGCCCUGGUUCCAGGGCCGCCACGUGUACGUGUUCUCCGUGGCAUUACUAAUCAAUGGGCUGAGCAACAGCAUCUGCGGUAUGGCGGCCAGCUUCCCGGUGCUGCUGGCCUACGCCCUGGCCUUCGGCCUCACCAUGAGCGUGGUGGGAUCGCUGCUCUUCACCGUGCUCAUGGGCAUCGUAGAGGCCAGCCGCUUCCCUGCCGCCCUUGGCCUCCUGUCUGUCAUGGAGAGCGUCACCUUGCUGCUGGGACCGCCCCUCGCAGGCAUCUUGGUGGACACCACAGACGAGUACAUCCACGUGUUCUAUGUGUGCAGCAUCAUUGUGGCUGUCUCUGCAAUCUUCAUCAUGGUGUCGUUCUACUGGCUGAACCACACCGAGAGCAGGCUGGCCGCGGGGCCCCACAAGUCACUCCCCGAGCUCUCGCUUGACAUAGCGGACUGUCAGGACGGCGGGGGGGUCCCAUUGCAACGAGUGGAAGCCCCCUCUGGAGAGGUGGUCUGUGCUAACAUCGCAUGAGCCGGACUCAAGUGUGGUCAUGAGAAGAGAGAGCCCCCCCAGACAGGCAGCUAUGGAGAAAAUACCCUGAGAUAUUUGCUCUACAGAGGUUUCUGUGAAUCACACACACGCACACACACACGCACACACACACGCACACACACACGCACACACACACGCACACACACACGCACACAGUUCAAAUCCAGCUUGGAACCGUCUGUCACCCAGAUCUCCAGGAAGACCAUGCCGUCCCCUCGGGAGCUGUUUGGUGAGUGUCUGGGGGGUGGAGGAUUAGUGCCCAGCAGCCUCCCUGAGCUCUGCUUUCUGGUUGGCGUUAGGGGGCAAUGAUCAGGGGGGGUUGUGCUUCUUUCUGUAGUUUUAUAUUUUUGUGUAAACACUGGUCUGUGACCUCCUCACCUCAGAAACGGUUUCAGGGUGAAAUCCACCCAACGUUCAUGCGAGAUCGGCCUGCAAAGUGCCUUGCGAUAUACUGGGUGCAGCCGACUCUCCCUGCCUCCCAGCAGAACCAAACCCUCGCAUUCAGGCCAGAACACUCCAGCUCUCAGCUUCCUCUCAGGCCAACUCCAGUCCUCUAUUAUUACUGUAUUAUGUGUUAAUUUUAUAACACAGACUGACAGAGACAGCAUCGGAAAACCGAACCGCUCUCAACCAAUGAGAUGAGAAGGAGCUUUGGAAAAAUAGCAAAAAGCACCAAAACAUGGCGGCAUGGUGGUGCAGUGGUUAGGGGGGGGGCAGGGUGGUGCAGUGGUUAGGGUGGGGGGGCAUGGUGGUGCAGUGGUUAGGGUGGGGGGCAGGGUGGUGCAGUGGUUAGCACUGUUGCCACACACCUCUGGGACCCGGGUUCGAGUCUCCGCCUGGGUCACAUGUGUGUGGAGUUUGCAUGUUCUCCCCAUGUCGUCGUGGGGUUUCCUCCGGGUACUCCAGUUUCCCCCCACAGUCCAAAAACAUGCUGAGGAGUUAUUAAAUUGUGUGAAUGUGCCCUGUGAUGGGCUGGCCCCCCCAUCCUGGGAUGUUCUCUGCCUUGUGCCCAUAGCUCCAAACCCCCCAUAACCCAGAAGGAUAAGCGUUUUGGGAAACAGAUGAUAUUGUUAAACAGUUCUUAAGCUUAUCUCAGGUAAAGACAAAAACAACAGAAAACAGUCGGUGAGAUUGUAUCCCCAGUAAGGACAGCCUUUCUGUAAUUGACAAUGUGAAAAAAGACAUUGAGGUUUGUUACGUUAAAGGCGUCGGGUCUGUUCAUGUUUCAGGCCCCUGACCUCAGGUUGCACUUCUUUCAGAAAAAUGUGCUUGUGUCAAAUUAAUCUAUUUUUUUAUUUGUGCUGUAUUAUCACUGCAGCGAGGCACGACAUACACGGUAUAACCUGUCUCCUUUGGGAUCUUCCUCUAAAGUCUAAAAAGGUGAAUUGUAGAUUUCUGAUUUAGUGUGCAUGUGGAGAAGGAGCACGUAAGUCUCGGAGUGUAUUUGUAUUUAAUCUUCAGUUCUAUUUAAUAUGACAAACAGAGGGAAAUUCAUCUUAGAAUAAUUAGAAUAAAGCUCAGUGUCGUAGCAUGGGAUAGGAUGUCGAUGUGUGUUUAAAUCGGUGGUGCUCCAGCAAUCUGGCCCCUGAGUGUGAGAUGCCGCUGUGCCGGAAUGUAAUACAGUCCUGAGGUUCAGCUGGAUGGUCCCUCAGCCCAUGUCCGGGGGGGGGGGAGGGGGCAUGGACAGGGAUGCAUGAAGCAAAAUUCCCCAUUCCUCAUGGUUCCUGCACCCCUGCUCGUAUGUGCAUGUAGAGCCUGUGGAUUCCCAUAGAGCAGUGGAUCUCAAACUCAAUCCUCAGGCCCCACUGCCCUGCUUGUUUUCCACCUAUUCCUGCCCCACACACUGCUGAUUACCUGGAUCAGGUGUGUUCAGUCAAUCAGAAGCUGAAAGACAGCUGGGACUUGUGUGUAGGGCAGGUAUAGCGGGAAAACAAGCAGGGCAGUGGGGCCUGAGGACCGACUUUGAGAACCACUGCCAUAGCACCAUGUGCUCUGAUCAUGUGACUGCCGUAGGACCAUGUGCCCUGAUCAUGUGACUGCCAUAGCACCAUGUGCUCUGAUCAUGUGACUGCCCAACCGUCUGCAUCAAGGUUUAGUACAUUGAAUACUGACCAGCUGAUGUAACACCACAGUGAUCUCUGCAUUAAAGUUUUAUCAGUUUAUUCCAUUA